CUUGCCUCUUGUGCACCGCGCCGUUCAGCUCUUCUCUCCUCACGGGUUUGCUGCUGGGGACCUGUCACCAUGGCUCGCCAGUCCUGCGGUCUCGGCAAGGGUUUCAGCUCCAGCUCAGCUUGCUUUGGAGGGAGGAGCAAGGUCACGUUCAGCUCUGUGUCCCGUGGAGGGGGCGGGGGACCUGGCACCGCGGGGGGCUUCAGCAGCAGGAGCCUCUAUUGCUUGGGAGGGAGCAAAAGGACCUCCCUGGGAGGAUUUGGCGGAGGGGGUGGUGUCUGCAGAGGUUUCGGGGUUGGUGGCCAAGGAGGCUUUGGCUACGGCUAUGGUGCUGGGGCAGGAUUUGGUGGUGGCUGUGGCGGCGGGGCAGGCAGCAGCUUCGGUGGAGGUUUUGGCGGUUUUGGUGGCUUUGGUGGAGGAUUUGAUAGUGGGGUGGGAGGUCAAGGCUUUCCCCCUUGCCCGCCGGGCGGCAUCAGGGAAGUGACCGUCAACCAGAGCCUGCUGUCCCCCCUCAACCUGGAAAUCGACCCGGAGAUCCAGAAGGUGCGAACGCAAGAGCGGGAGGAGAUGAAGAAGCUCAACAACAAAUUUGCUUCCUUCAUUGACAAGGUCCGGUUCCUAGAGCAGCAGAACCGAGUCCUGGAGACCAAGUGGAAACUCCUGCAGGAACAGGGCGGCGUGGGGCCGGGUGGCAGGAACCUCGACCCCUUUUUUGAAACCUACAUCAGCGGGCUGAGGAAGCAGCUGGACGGCCUCUCAAGUGAGAAGCAUCAGCUGGAGUCAGAGCUGAAGAGCUUCCAAGAUAUGGUGGAAGACUUCAAGACAAAGUACGAAGAGGAAAUAAACAAAAGGACAGCUGCGGAGAAUGAUUUUGUGCUCCUAAAAAAGGACGUGGAUGCAGCCUAUAUGACCAAGGUGGACCUUCAGGCGAAAUUAGAUUCUCUGGCAGAUGAGAUUAACUUCUUGAAGUAUCUUUUCGAAGUGGAACUGUCUGAGAUGCAGAAGACCGUUUCUGACACCUCUGUGGUUCUCUCCAUGGACAAUAACCGAAGACUGGACCUGGACAGCAUCAUUGAAGAGGUCAAAGCCCAAUAUGAGGAGAUUGCCAACAGGAGCCGGGUGGAGUCUGAGUCUUGGUACCGAUGCAAGUAUGAAGAGCUGCAGGCCACCGCAGGCAAACACGGAGACAGCCUUAAGGACACAAAGACCGAGAUCUCUGAGCUCAACCGCAUGAUCCAGAGGGUACGGGCUGAGAUUGAGAGCGUGAAGAAACAGUGUGAAACUCUGCAGAGCUCUAUCGCGGAUGCUGAGGAGCGCGGGGAGCUGGCCCUCAAGGAUGCCAGGGGCAAACUGGCCGAGCUGGAGGCAGCCCUGCAGAAAGCCAAGGCUGACCUGGCCCGGCAGCUCCGCGAGUACCAGGAGCUCAUGAACGUCAAGCUGGCCCUGGACAUCGAGAUCGCGACCUACAGGAAGCUGCUGGAGGGCGAGGAGUGCAGGAUGUCUGGAGAGUGUCAGAGCACCGUGAGCAUCUCCGUGGUGGGAGGAGGCAGCAGCUCUGCGGGAGGUGGAUACGCCAGUGGACUGUGCCUUGGAGGAGGACUCGGACUCGGAUUCGGUGCUGGAAGUGGGAAAGGCAGCUGUAACACAGGCGGUGCUGGUUUCUGCUACAGCCUAGGAGGGGGAGGAUUUGGGGCGGGGGGUGGGUUCGGCUCUGGAGGGGCAGGAUUGUGCUCUGUGGGUGGAGGGUCUAACUCAGUGGUGGUGGGGUCCGGUACCAUCCUGAAGAAGAACACCAAGUCUAUGUCUGCCAACUGGAAGGUCUAGGAGAGUGAGCUAUCUCCCCCAUCCCCAGCACCCAAAGGAGAAAGGAAGCAAAUUUCAUGAUGACCACCCCCACCCCCCCCCCCCCCCCCCCCCCCCCACUGCCAAGGUGGUGGCCAUCUAUUUCAUUUUAAAUUACCACCAUCCUUCAGCAACUGCAUGGAAAGGUAAAAUACAGCUAUAUUCACCAGAUAAUGACUGAGAUUUUCAGCAGUGUUUGAGAACAGCUCGCUUCCCCAGCGCUCCCCUCGAGAUGCUGCAAAGCUGCUGGUUAUCAGGGUGCUGAGCUCUCAUUUGGGAGCAGGACCUGCCCCUUCGCUGGAAAGCCCCAGACGUGGCUGGGAUAAGGCUAAAAACCA